ACUCCAUUGUUUCUAUUCGGUUUUCUUUAGUCAUUUAGUUUUAUUUUGUGUUACAUGCCGGAACAAGCAUUCGAUUUUGUUAAAUUUUCUAGUACUUAAAUAAAAUUCGUAAAUUUCCAUAAUGUUCGAUUGGUCACUCCUGUUCUUUCUCUAUGCGGCCGUGUCCUUUCUGAUUCUCCUCAUGCCGGUGGUCUUUGUGGUGCACCGGAAGAUGAUCUCACAGAUGGUGCUGGAGUGCCCCGACGUCGAAGCACCGAUGGGAAUCGGACUGCGGGAGGACGAGCUGGAGGAGCUGCGGGAAGCAUCUCCCGUACAGAUGAAAAUUGAGAAUAGAGUAUCGAAGGGGCUACAGAAUGCAGAAGAGGAGGAGACGAUUGCAGAGACUUCAAUGGAGAAGGAGGCUCCGGAAGAGACUCCAGCAGAGACUCUAGAAGUGUCUCCAGAAGAGACUCCAGAAGAGACUCCAGAAGAGACUCCAGAAGAGAUUUCAGAAGUGUCUCCAGAAGAGACUCCAGAAGCGACUCCAGAAGAGGCUCCAGAAGAGACUCCAGAAGAGACUCCAGAAGUAUCUCCAGAAGUGUCUCCAGAAGAGACUCCAGAAGAGACUCCAGAAGUGACUCCAGAAGUAUCUCCAGAAGAGCAGGAAAAUCUUCAGAAUUUAAAAGAGAUUCAGAUUCCAGAAACGCCAGAGAUGCCAGAAAAGAAGGAGAUGCCAGAGACUCCAGAAGAGAAGAAGAUACCAGAGAUUCCAGAAGAGCAGACGAUUCAGACUCCAGAAGGAAAGAAGAUGGAGAUGGAGCCUCCGGAAGAGAAGAAAGAGGUGGGCAAUCCCGUAGAGAACGACAUACGGGCUGCUUUGGAGGAGGAGAGCACCCAGAAUCCUGCAGAAAAGGUCGCUCCCUAAAAAUGUUGCAAUCAAUUGGCUGAUGUCGUAGCAGUGACAGUAAUCCCUGGCAUACGGAAACAUUAAACGAAUAAAACUGUUUCUUGCAGUCCA